AUGGCGCCACCUUCGUUGGCUCUGCAUUUGAAUUUGAAGUUGAGGAGUCAACUCCAAACCAACAAGGUCGCGGAGCUGCCGGAGAAGACUCGUAACUCGAGAGUGUUAGUCCUCGGCGGAACGGGUCGGGUCGGAGGAUUCACCGCCAUUGCCCUCUCCAACCUCUGUCCCGACCUUCGAAUCGUCGUCGCCGGCCGAAACAGAGAAAAAGGUGAAGCUAUGGUUGCAAAACUUGGCGGCAAUUCAGGUUUUGCUCAUGUUGACAUCGACGACGUCAAUUCUCUGGAAACUGCAUUGAAAAGUGUGGAUCUUGUAGUUCAUGCCGCUGGACCUUUCCAACAGGCAGAAAGGUGCAUUGUUCUUGAAGCUGCCAUAAAUACCAAGACUGCAUAUCUUGAUGUUUGUGAUGACACAACCUAUGCAUGGCGUGCAAAAUCCUUAAUGAGUAGGGCGUUAGAUGCAAAUGUUCCAGCUAUAAUAACCGGAGGAAUAUGCCCUGGAGUGAUCAUGGCAGCAGAGCUAGUCCGUGCUGCAGAAAGUGAAAAUAAAGAUAAGCCAGAGAGGCUAAGGUUCUACUACUACAUAGCUGGAACUGGUGGUAAUGGUCCAACAACAUUAGCUGCAAGCUUCUUGCUGUUGGGAGAGGAAGUAGUUGCAUAUAACAAAGGAGAAAAGAUCAAACUGAAGCCAUAUAGUGGAAUGCUCAACGUUGACUUUGGAAAAGGGAUUGGCAAAAGAGAUGUUUAUCUAUUGAAUUUACCAGAGGUUAGAAGUGCUCAUGAGAUUCUUGGAGUGCCAACUGUAAGUGCUCGAUUUGGAACAGCUCCAUUUUUCUGGAAUUGGGGAAUGGAAGCUAUGACAAAACUUCUUCCUUCGGAAUUUCUAAGAGACAGAAAUAGAGUCGGAAGGCUGGUUGAGUUGUUUGAUCCUGUUGUUCGAGCAAUUGAUGGGAUUGCUGGAGAAUGUGUAUCAAUGAGGGUUGAAUUGGAGUGUUCAAGUGGCCGCAACACCGUUGGCAUAUUAAGUCAUAGGAGACUUUCGGUAUGUGUAGGAAUUGCAACGGCUGCAUUUGCACUUGCAAUUCUUGAAGGAAGCACGCAGCCUGGGGUUUGGUUUCCUGAAGAGCCUGAAGGACUUCCAAUUGAAGCAAGAGAAGUUCUUCUCAUGCGUGUUAGGCAGGGAACGAUUAACUUUGUAAUGAACAGGUCACCAUGGAUGAUUGAAACAGAUCCAAAAGAGCUUGGAUUAGGAAUAUAUGUAUGA